AUGCCUCCCAUCCGAACUGAGAAGAGCAACUCGGCCGCUAAUGCCCCAGCUCCCGGCACAGACGCGCCCAAGAAGCGGCUGCUGAAGCCUGUCGUCAAAGGCGUCAAAGAGGCCCGUUUCAGAAGCAGCGUAGCUGACUGGGACGGCAAAUACCAUAACCUCAUUGGAACAUCAACCAGAAUGAUUUACUUUGGCUAUGAAUUCGUCUUGACUGACGACGUCAGCUACACCGCAAAGAACGGUGCCCGCAACCUCACCAACGAAGCCGUCAUUCGUCUAGCUAAAGGCCUGCCCAACCUCAGAACCGUCAGUCUCCCCAGCGCAAACAAUGUCGGCGACGCUGGUUUCCUCGGCGUACUCUCCAACUGCCGAGACCUCAGACUCCUCGAGAUCACCCCGUCCAGCACCAGCUCAUGCGGCUUGACCAAGAUCACUGCGAAGGCCUUCGAUGAGUUUUGUGAACAUCCAGAGUGGGCUCCUGGUCUCAAGCAGAUCAUCAUCACCAACGACGAUCAGAACAAGGAGUUCAUGAAGUCGAUGCGUGCGCUUAGCAAGCAGAGGGAGAAGUUGGUGGUCACGCUGCUUGAUCGCAGGGAAGAGAAGAAAUGGGGAGACUUUGAGAUAACUACGACUCCGGAGCACUAUAUGAAGGGUCGCAAGUGCUCGCCAGAAAAAACUCCCCGUGGGAUUGCUCAGCGCUACGGUCAAGAUCACUCAAUUCAAGUCUGA